AAUAUUCACUCUGAAGGAUUAACCUGAAGUGUAACUCUAAAUCUGUGAUAAUAAUCAAGGGUGUUUGUUGAAGGCAGCUACUUUAAUAGAAGUCUUUGCUAUGGUUUGUAAAUUUGAAAUUAGAGCACAUUAGAUCUCUACUGAGCGUUUUAGGUAAGUGAUUGAUAUCAUAUAUGAAUGAAAAGAUAACUCAUGGAAGUGGGAGAACAUUCAAAAAUCUAUUUUUUCUGGCAGGAUGGAGAAGAAGAAGAUUCUAAUGAAAUCCAAGGCUGCUGCUUCAAACCUCUUACAGGCACUGCAUUCUCUGUACCAGUUUGGUCACCUCUGUGAUGUGACAGUUCACACAGAACAUCUAGGAAUUCAAGAGGAGUUUCUGGUUCACAAAGCAGUCUUGGCAGCUUCAAGCAAUUAUUUUAAGGGGCUUUUUCUGCAUGAUGAAAUGUUGGACACUAAGAAUUGCACAGUGACUCUACAAGACAUUUACACAGAAGAGUUCACCUCCUUUCUGGAGUUUGUUUAUACUGCAGAGGUAGAGAUUGAAGCAGAAAAAUUGCAGAGGAUGAAGGAAAUAGCUGAAAGACUUGAGUGCAAGGAUUUGCUUGAUAUUUGUGAAGAAGUGAAGGCAGAGGGCAAGAAAGGUUUAGAUUUGAGCCUCCAUCUUAAGGGUCAGCUAUGUGAAAAUGGUGGAUCACAAUGGACUCACAUCCAGCAAGAGGAAGACUGCAAGCUAAAUAACUCUUCCCAAGUUGUGGCUAUGCCUAUGCAGAGAAAACUUUGGCAUGGGCAAAAGCAUAAAAAGUUGCUGGCUGGCUAUGAACUCAUUGAAGGCCAACCAUCAAAUCGUGAGCAAGCAGGCACUGCCUUUCCAGAAUCAAAACCUAGGACAGCAAAGUUACCAAAAUGUAACAAGACAAAUGCUAAAAAGACAAUCAGCAUGGACAUCAUUAGUCUUGAAAAUGAGGCUAGUCAGUCUCUCUUAAGUCAGACUGACUCAAAGGAAGCCUGCAUAGUAAUUAGAAACACACUGCCUGAGCAAUGGGAAGAUGAAAACAGUUUAAUUUCCAAAUUUUCCAGUAAAACUGAACAUAGGAAGUCACUUCAGCAUGUGGCAAAAGUCCUACCAAACGUUGUGUGUGAGAAGUGCAAUGAAUCGUUCCAUUUCGUCAAGCAGUAUCGGUCACACAUGGAGCUCAAGCAUGACAUUAAUCUUGCUGUCAAGUACAGCUGUAACAUAUGUGAGCAGCUCUUCUCCAGUCAUCAGAACCUCAGGCAGCACCAGCUUGCUGCUCACAAUGAUGAGCAAUGCUUCUUCUGCGUGUUCUGUGACAAGAGAUUUAAGUGCCAGAAGGACAUAAGUGAUCAUAUCUGGAGAGUACAUGAAAAGAGGCAGGAUCCCCAGGCAUGCCCAUACUGUGACAAAGUUAUCAGUUCCAAGUGUGGCCUGACAGUCCAUAUACGAACGCACACUGGAGAGAAACCUUAUAAAUGUGAACAAUGCUCUGCAAGCUUUGCUCAGAGGUCUACUUACAAUACUCAUGUAAGAAAAAUCCAUGAAUCUGGACAAGAAAGGAAACUUAUGCCAGUCUAUUGGAUGGUAGUUCCACCUGCUCAUAGACCAAGUGCAACAAACCGUGAAAAAGCUACAGACAGAGACACACGGAAUAGGGCACUGGAGGCUGAACUGCAAAGGUGUGCAAAGCACAGAGAACCUGACAGUUGUGAGGAAGAACUUGCAGAUUCAUCUAUCACCAAAGCAGAUAGUAGCAAUGAUCAUGAGGAAAGAAAGCGGAAAUAUAAGGAAGCUGAAGCAAGAAGAGGAAAAAGGAAUCAAGAAGGGAAAGAAGAUGAAGGUGAAACGAAUGUGAAAGGAGAGCAGGAAGGAGAUUAUGAGGCAGGGUAUUCAGAAGCUGAAGAUAGUAAAGACAAUGAGGAGGUCUGUACUGAGGAGGAGGAUGAGAAUGGUGAAUACUCUAACGAGAAGGAAGCUGAAGAACAUGAAUCAGAUGAAGACUUUAAAAUAAAGAAGGUAAUUAAAAGUGGGGUGAAUAAGAAGUCUGCCUAUGUAAUAACAUGUGAUAAAUGCAAUGAGCAGUUUGUUUCCCGGAAAAAGUAUGUGGAUCACUGCAGAGAAGUCCAUCAAUGUUUGCCUGGUAAAGUUUAUCAGUGUGACAUCUGCAGCAAGUCAUUUGCUAGUUACAACAGCUGGAAAGAACACCGAGCCUGUGUCCACACUGAAGAAAGGCAGUUUGCCUGCACCCUUUGCAGUGCUACUUUUAAAAGAAAGAGAGAUGUAAGAACACAUUAUACGCGGAAGCAUGAAGGCAGAGUCAAACGCCCUCUCUGUUCUGUCUGCGGGAAGAUCCUCAGUUCCCGAACAGCACUAGUGUUUCAUAUGCGGACACAUACAGGAGAAAAACCUUACGAAUGUAGCAUUUGUCAUUCAAAAUUUGCUCAACCAUCACAACUUAAGAUCCAUACCAGGUCCCAUACAGGGGAAAAACCAUAUAUUUGUGAGGACUGUGGGGCCUGCUUUGCUGAUAAAGGCAAACUCACCGGCCAUAAAAGGACCCAUACAGGAGAACGCCUUUUUAAAUGUGAUGUGUGUGGAAAACACUUUGCUACCAACGAAUACUUAAAAUGCCACAAGCGUUGCCACAUGGGUGCUAAGCCGUACAAAUGUGAGGUUUGUGGGAAAACAUUUGGAUUGAGAGCCUCGCUAGCCCAGCACAGUAACAUCCAUGCAGAGACCCGUCCAUACUUCUGUGAACAAUGUGGAAAAACAUUCACGCAACAAGGUGCUCUGCGACGCCACCAGCGUAUUCACACUGGAGAAAAGCCAUACAAAUGCAGAGCUUGUGAGAGAACCUUCACAGAUAUGUCCACCUUGCGGAGACAUGUGUUGAUUCAUGACAGGAAUGCUCACUGGAGAAGUUUCUUAAUAGAUCUUACAACCAAAAAAGACCAUAAUUGGUCCAAAAUAGAAACAUUAUCAGAAGCCUGUAUGAGUGAAGACUCAGGACCUGAAAUUUGGUCAGUUGACCAAGGUAAACUUUAUAAACCAGAAAGCAUUAUGCUUAAAAGAGUAGAACACAUGCCAUCUAGUGUUAAUAAUGCACAAGACACUGAUCAUUCUCUUUUAUACUUAUAACAUCAGUUUUUCACCAGAAAACUGUACAGUCUCUCCAUGUUAUAAUAGCCUAAACUAUUUCAAAUCUUUGCUUAUUGUAACUGCCUCAUUAAGCUAUUAAUAUA